CACACGCGCGCGCACACACACGCACACAGUGUCUGUCAGUCACUCCCUCUCGCCGCUGCUUCUAUUCUGGGAAGUGGCGCUCGGAAUAACCCCGUGUGAGCGUGCGCGCGAUCGCGCGCGUGUGCGCGUGCGUGUGUGCGUGUCUCCGGAUUUCACCCCGACACACGCAUACGCUCGCAUUCGCUCUGUGGCUGACUGCGGCGGCGGAGCUCCGUUACCAGAAAUCCGGUCGGGAAGGAUUUCUUCCGUUUUGACGCGCAACUUUUCUUCGCGCGGCUCUCGCGUGGAUUCCUCGCCUCCGCCUUCGCCUCCGCCACCGCCGGCCGCCUUCCGUCUGUCCUUCCGUCCCCUCGUCCGACCUCAGGCGAACCGAGAGGUGUCAAGCCCCGGAAGGGAGCUGGCGUCACCGCGGCGGCUUGUUGUCAUCCCCGCUCCCGGCAGCGACUGCAGGCCGUUUGUGUGUUUACUGGGCUGGACCGCUGGACCACAAUCAGGUGUGACCGAGCGUUUUAGGGGCAGACGCGGAUCCUCAUCGACAAGCACUUUGAAAAAUCAGCUGUAGAAGUGUCUUCCUUCAAAUGAACUGGACAGAAAAUAAAAAAGAAGAAAUGGGAAGAGAUGUCUGAUGUUAUGUUCUAAAGUUCACACUUAUUGUUUUACACUUCCUGUUCCAUUUGUUCUGCAAUGGCCACCGUCAAAAGUUGGGUUAACAUGGCCAACAGCAUUGGGACUCGGUAAGCCUCCAGGAGUCGUGUGCCCGUUGCCCUUCUCCUGCCUCCUUCCCGCAUCUCACAAAUGGACGCUCGUGAGUUUGCUGCCGGUGGCGGCGGCGGCAGACAGCAGUGCCCAAACAAGGACGCCGCCAAGGAUAAGAUGCCUCUCCAAAGGAAAUGGGCGUCCGAGCCCUCCGCCACCGCCAAGCGAAGCACUUUUGCUGAUCCGACAGCGAGACACCGUGAGAGUUUACCGUGCGAUGCCAACGUGGCAUUAGCACCCCAACACAAUUACGUCAUCACCGGGAAUUCUGGGAAGCUGCUAUCUGGACCUUCGUUGGUCGGGGCAAUAGGAGGCCCGCCAUCAUCUCAAGACCCUCAGGGACCCUUGGCUCAGGGAUUUCCGGGGGGGUACUCCUACCAGCUGGGUCAACCGUACCCUCAGCAUCCACAGACUGAACGCUUCCACUCGGGAGCCAAGCCCCAACCAGGACUAGAGGCACACGCCUGGCCUUUUGCCGGACAGUUGCCAUCAGACGAACUGUGCCCAGUGGGACACCCGGGACACACUCACUCCCUAGGAGCCGCAGUGGGGGCAGGGAGGUUCCCCCGGCAAAAAUCUCCAAGUUUACCAAGCUCCUUUGGACCGUAUUCCCAGACGGGCCCUGACCCAGGAGAUGAGUGUUAUGGCAAAAAGGAGCAAAAACCCAAAAAACCUGGAAAGUACAUUUGUUACUACUGCGGCCGAGCCUGCGCCAAGCCCAGCGUCCUGAAGAAGCACAUUCGCUCGCACACCGGCGAGAGGCCGUACCCUUGUGUGCCCUGCGGUUUUUCCUUCAAAACUAAGAGUAACCUUUACAAGCAUCGCAAAUCUCAUGCUCACGCUAUCAAGGCCGGACUAGUGCCCUUUUCGGACCUGGCCGUUUCCCGUGGCGGCGACAUGGAUCAGGGCUCCCCCGGGGGUGAAGCCGAAGUCCACUCCGAUGGCGAGCAAAGCACCGAUACGGAUGAGGAAGGAGUGGAAGGAGCCACCAUACUGACAGACAAAGACAGCUCCAUCACGCAGAUCUCCUUUGAAGCUGACAAGACGACAGGUGGUGCAGAACCAGCAUAUGCAGACUCAGCUGAAGAGCUUCCUGCGGGCUCCAUCAAAGUGCCUAUCUUGAUUGUUCCCAAGUCCAGAGGGACGGAGUGUCCAUCCUUUCAGGAAAUAAAAGGUUCCCACCACAUGUUGACGUCGCUUGCCAGUAGAAGAGGGCGUUCACUGGAUGACGCCCCUUCAGUCAAACCACGUUUGGCUCAGAAACUGAACGACAAGAAAGGCCUGGAUUCCAAUUGCACUGCAACGCAAUCCCUAAACCACCUCAGUCCUCACAGCAAAGGCAGCACAGACUCAGGCUACUUUUCACGUUCUGAGAGCGCAGACCAGCAGAUCAGCCCUCCAAAUACGAAUGUUAAAACAUAUGAGGAGAUCAUGUUUGGUCGGACUUGGUACUACCGACCCAACUCCAGAUCCCGGCAAUUUGUCACAGUGGCAAAUAUCUCUGAGGAUCAUAUCUGUUUACGAGGGGAUGUGGGAAUGUCCAGAGAUCCCAAACUUUAUCCAACCGGACCCAGUCAGAGCAGUGCAGGACUUCUGGAACCUCCUUCAGAUUCAGGGCCUCUUAUCAGGAGCAACUCCAUGCCAACAUCUUCUCCUCCGAAUCUCAGUGUCCCCCCGGGGAUUCGAGGCAGCCAUUCCUUUGACGAGAUGAUGAUGUCAGAUGAUGUUUUUUACCAGCCGGGACUUCGUCGACUCCAAAGACAAGCGGCUGUUGAACUUUUAGCCCAUGAAGCCCACACAGGAGACGCGGAGGGCUCUGGACACGUGGCCAAGAAUUUCACUUCAUCUCUCUCGAAGAAGCUCAGUGAACGCACUUCAGGAACUGCAGAGCCCAUUGGCUAUAGCCCAUAUGGUACGAAAGUUAGCAUGUCAGAAAUAGCCACCAGAAAAAGGCGAAAGGAGAAGAGUGUUGGGGAUGAGGAGGACAGUCCUGAUCACUGCGACAGUAGCUGCAGUGGUUCAGUCGAGAUGUCAGGAGACUAUGUUAGUUUGGAUGGGUCCAGAGGCACCCCGACAGGCAAGGGUUCUCUUCAGAGUGCUCACAGCCAGUCAGACAGUUUCGAUACCUGUCCAAGCAUGUGCUCUGAGGACAUAGCUCUGUUUACCGACUCAGAAUGCAGGAAAGCAGCCGGAAAUGUCAUAUCAGUCAUCCAGCACACCAACUCCCUCAGCCGGCCAAAUUCCUUUGAAAAGUCAGAGUCAUUUGAGCAGUCAGGAUAUCAUCCUUCAGCCCUGUCCAGCCAGUAUUCGGAACAGUCUGACUCAGAUAUCUUUGAAGAUGCUUUGAGUCCAGAGUCGGCCCUACUGAGAACCGAGAGUAUGGAUCAGCAGCCGCAGAGCGACAGUGACUUGGCCUCCCUCUCGUCUUCAUCGGCAGCAGCUUCACCUGGACAGCCUUACUCCAUCCCGCACAAACUAGUCCGCCAGCCCAACAUCCAAGUUCCCGAGAUCAGGGUAACGGAUGAAAAAGACUCAGAAUCUCCAAUGGACAAGGAGUUGGAGAAGCAUCCGACGCAUGUAGAGGAGUUCCAACUGCCACAGAGGAGUGACACCCUCUCCCAGAUGCCCUCGGAGAAGCUUCCGCCUAAAAAGAAGAGGCUGCGUCUUGCAGACAUGGAUCAUUCGUCUGGAGAGUCCAGUUUUGAGUCCACUUGCACCAGCCUGUCUCGCAGCCCGAGUCAGGAGAGCAAUCUGUCACACUCUUCUUCCCUCUCAAUGUCUUUUGACAGAGAUGAAGGCUUCAAGACAGCAUCACCCACUAAACAGGAGGACGCAGUCUCUGGUGGAGGAGCCAAACCAUCUGAAUUUCUGACGGUGCCCGGCAGUGGUCAUUCCAGCCACCAGCAGCACAGGGAAAUGAGGAGGUCCUCGUCGGAACAAGCGCCACACACACUUCCCUCAGAGGUACCUGAAAUGCGCAGCAAGUCUUUCGACUACGGAAGCUUAUCGUCAUCCAGAGAGGGGGAGCUGUACACCAGUGCCUCCGCCAUGAAGGAACGUCGCCGUGGAUUUCUUGUCCGACAGGCCUCCUUGAGUGUUUAUCCAGAGGCAGUAGUCCAAGAACCAGGAGGAUCCGAGCUGUCAGUCAAACAGGAGAGUGUGGAGCAAGGGGUGUGGCUUGGCCUGACAGGACCCCCACAGAGAAGCAACAAUUUAGGCAGCAGAACCCAAAGAGGUGGCAAUAUAGUUGUCGGUGUUGGAGGUCACCAGCAGCAUGACCUCCAGCAGAGUAUCAGUGAGGACAGUCUGCAGGAUGAACCUCACUGCGGCAGGUCUCUGCAGCAUCGCCUCCAGACCCAAGGAUCCUCAUCCGAGGGAGAACACUCGGGUCAUGAGAUAAAAAGGGAAGUCGUCCAACAGCAUCCGAAUGCUCCUCCGUUCCUUUCUUAUCAGCAGCCGGCUCUGUUCUGGAGUCAUGAGGUCAGUCAGGCUUCUAGACAACGGCUGACCCUCCAGGCCCAGCAACAACUCCAGAAGCUCCACAGCCGAUCUCCGAAUAGUUUGUCUGGGCAAACAGCACUCCAUAAAGAGCUGCUCCAAGAUCAGCCACCACCCAGUGGAAAUUCAGACACUUCAAGUUUUCCAAUGAUCCCUGCCAUAUUCCAAGAGCAAAACCUGGCCUCUCUCUCAUCUAAGUCGAUGGCCAACAGCACCGCCGGGACACUCCAGCAGAUCCAACCCAUCUUUGCCACACAGAACCUGGGCUCCCACAUCUCUCUCCCUUUAUUGGUUCCUGUACGCAUCCAAACUAACGUGCCAUCGUACGGCAGCGUGAUGUAUACCAGCGUUAGCCAGCUGGUAGCUCACAGUCAGAGGAGAGGGUUAGUCGGACAAAGUAGAGCCAAUAUCCGCGACGUGUCUUCACCGAAUGGCGCUGUGAGAGUCAGUGAAACACCUCCAGGGCUUGGAGGAGAUCCAAUUGGAGCAGGACUCAACCUAUCUCACUUCCUGGGACAGACAGAUGGAACAACGUUACACUCCCCUCACUUGAAGUCUUCACCUUGUGGCCCCAACACGGGAAUCCCUCUGUCGCUGACGUCGGGUACCAUAUCCACCACGGAUGCCUCCGGGUCUGGCAUCGGAGGCGGCAAGAGAAUGCUUUCCCCCUGUAGUUCCUUGGAGCGCUUCAUUGAGACCAAGCAACAGAAGAGGGUUAAGGAGGAAAGGAUGUUUGGGCUGAUGGUUAAAGAGUUGAGUGCUGUCGAGCUGAGCGGCACCGACGGCAGCACUAAGCUUGAGGAGGGACCCGGUUCUGAGGAUUGUGAGAGGAUGUCCUCUUCUCCUCCCUUGGAAGACUUCCCUGUUCCCAAAAAGAUCCCGGUUCCCAUCCGUUCUUCCGCCCAUCACCGGACUGAUGUUUCCCGGCCGGAAAGUUUCACUCCUCCUCUCCAGAUCAUCACUGACUCCUCACCGGUGUCAUGUGGCCGAGAUUCUCCUGUGGAGCUUGAUGUGGAUGAGCACCGCGCCAGCCCCGAGUCCAUGAUCUCGUCCAUCGAUGCAGAAGACGCCACCAAGCUGCCUGCGGCCAGUCAAGUCCCAGGAAACGUCAUGGCCCACCAAAGUCCAGGAGUUUCCAGAGUAACGGGACAGACUCUGCUGCUCACUGAGGUGUCCAAUGCCCAGCACUUUAUCCAGUUUGCGAGCCUGCGCACCAACAGCAGGGUCAGCUGGUGUUUCCUCAACUACACGAAGCCCAACAGCACUCAGGCUGACCCACGGAGCUCUAUCUACAGUUCCUGGUGUGUCAGCUCCUACAACCCCAACCCUCUGAAUCUCAGCACGAAGGCUGCGCUGGCCUUGCUGAUGUCCAAACAGCGGAGGAACAUCGACCUCCUGUAUACUACGGCGGCCAUGGCGCCACCAAGUUCAGGCAAGCUGGUGUCGUCUGCUGCCUGGAAGCUCAGGUUUGAUCAGCUGAAACCAGAGCUGAUGCCGGUUGACAUCAGCCAUUUUGGAAGGAAGAUGAAGGAUGUGGCGUUGUGGGAGCGUCCGAAGGAGGAGCGUGUGGAGAAGGACGUGUCGGUCAAACGGUCUGCCACCGAGCCAACUCGCAUCAAGAUCUUCGAAGGAGGGUACAAGUCCAACGAAGACUACGUGUACGUGCGCGGGCGCGGUCGGGGCAAAUACAUCUGCGAGGAGUGCGGCAUUCGCUGCAAGAAACCCAGCAUGCUGAAGAAACACAUCCGCACGCACACCGACGUGCGGCCCUAUGUCUGCAAGUUCUGCAACUUUGCCUUCAAGACCAAAGGGAAUCUGACCAAGCACAUGAAAUCAAAAGCUCACCUGAAAAAGUGUCUGGAGUUGGGCGUGUCCACGUCUACCGUGGAUGACGGCGAGGCCGAUGAUGUCGACGUCGGCGAGGAAGCCGGCGCGCGACCCAAGGCCCUGGCCGAUCAUCAGUUUUCCGACGCCGACGACUCGGAAGACGACGGCGAUGAGGUGGACGACGAAGACGACGAGGACGACGACUGCGACGGCGACUCCACCCCCAGGACGUCGUCCCGCUCGGCCAGCCCGUACGGCGUCCCCAUCGCAGCGGCUGCCUCUCAGCCAUCGCCGCCUCUUUUUGGCUACUUCACCACCGUGCCCAGCAUCCACAUCACGCCGCAGGGGGCGCCGGGACAUUCGCAACCCCCCAUGGACGAAGACCUCUCACAGGAUUUCCCCUCGCCAUCUUCCCGCCUCUCCUCCCCCGGGCCCGACUACUCAGGCUGCUCGUCCCCCGUCUCGCCUUGCUCGUCGCCGGCCGCCCGGCAGUACCUCUCGCCGCAUGGCGAUGGCUCACCCCGCGGCCCGUCACCUCGGCGAGACGCAUCACCGCUGCGCCACUUGUCCCCCAAGCGGGACUUGGGGGGUUGUCGGCGUGAGCUGUCCCCCAGGAGGGGGCACCUGUCGCUGCUUGCCCCGCUGCCGGGCCCUACCUCUCCUGGGAAGCGAGACCUGUCGCCGCGAGGACGCCACAAAGCCAUGAUACGGCCCAACUCGCCUCGACGCGGGCUUCAUCAGCACCUCCUCCUGCAGAGCCAGCAGAGCGGCUCGCGAGGCCUGAGGUCGGCUCACCUCGCUGGGCUGCUGAGUCAGGCGGAAUUGGGCCCUCGAGGACGUCGCAGGACCGCCGGUGGAGAAAUGGACACGGAAUGUGUUCCCGGUUCCCCAGCGGGGAAAGAUCAGGGCAAUAACCAGUCCAGUCCACCCCAUCAGGUCUUGUUCAGUCACCUCCCUCUUCAUUCACAACUGCAGGUGCGUUCCCCGUUCCCGAUGAUUCCCAUCGGCGGGAUUCAAAUGGUGCACACCGUACCCACGUCACGCAGCGCUCCUCUGAGCCAACAGGGGGCACAACAGGCCGCGCCCCGCCUCCCCCCGCGCCAACUUCCGUCCGAGGACCCCGAAAACCUGGAGGCCUUCGCCCCUUUCGGAAGAGGGCGAGCAAUCGGGGUGUCGUCGGGGUCUCCCCCUCCCGUCGUGGCAGAGCUCGUCAUACGGGAGCAAGAAGACAGCAUCCGAACGUGCACCAAAGCCAUCGCCUCGCUGCGCAUCGACCCCGACGAACUGGCCGACGGGAAGCGAGGGGGUUGGGACCGCGUUAAGGGACUGCCACACUCCGCUUCCUCGCCGGAGGAAGGACAACCUGAGCGCUCGCCGCCUGCCGCCGUGUCGCCACCAUCGCCCGCGCCGCCAGGGUCUCAGCACUUUAGAGCCUCCCGACGUUGCCCCUCGCCCGCGCCCCGGACGCCCGCAGACGCCCCACAAAGCACAAAGACCAGCAAAGACAUAUCGUAGGCGUGCAACGAAAUGACAACAACAUAAAUUUUGCACAGUUUAUUCGCUUUUCUUUCGUUCUGGAAUAACACACACACACACACACACACACAGAGACAAAUAUGAUAAACACUCUUACACGCACACGCUUUCACACACUCAGGCAUGCACACCCAACAUGCAGUCGCACAAGCACUCACUCGCAAACAGACACACGUACACAAAAUUCACGUUGGGAGAUGUUCUUUCGAAAGGACGCGUGCGCGUGUGAAUGUGCGUGAGUGGGGGCCGGCCAGCUUCAAGGUAGUCAAGUGGUACUUGAAUAAUAACAACAAUAAUAAUUCUGAAAAUAAAAACAAGAAUCCGCCCCGUGUGCCUUUGCUGGGUGUUUCUGUUCAUUUCAGCAGUCCCCUGAUCAACUUCAUGCCCCGCCCCUUCCUCCGCCUCCUUUUUUGAUUGACACCUUACAUUCUGGACAAGCGAUGUGAAGUGACGAAUUAUUCUUAUGAUGUACGGUUGCACUAAAACAUAUUUUUAUAGGAGUGAAAAUGCUUUUUUUGUGUAUGUGUACAGCAGCAGUAAUGAAAUAAUGCUAUUUAUGAUGAUGAUGAUGAAAAUUGUUACCAUAUUUGAUAAAUUGUACAUUUUUAUUUCUUAUUUCUGUGGUGGCCGCCUUUUUCUAUGUCGCGCAUGCUUUUAAUUGCUUACAUCGGCAGUACAUACUCACGACAUGAGGAUGUGUCAACAAUAUUUAGACUGCAUAUGACUUCAUCCGUUCGCUCGAUAAUCUUGACAUGACCAUACAUUUGCAUUAAGUCCUUUUGGCUUGUACAUUUUCUUGCUGCUCUUCUUCUUCUUCUUCUUCUUCUCCUUCUUCUUCUUGUGGUGAUAUUUUCAGGAAUUUUCUCCUUGCAAUGUUUCUGCAUUCACUGAAUUCAACCCUCCCCACACCCCACCCAUAUUCUACGUCCUAUAAACUGCUACAUCCUCGACCCUCCCCCCGCUGUAUCUUUUAAAGUCCUUUAAAGUGAAUAGUACUGUCGUUUGAAAUGAAAUUUAUUACUACAGAGAAAAGUGUUGUGGACGAUCCUGUCAAAUUUGAAUAAUAAAACAGUUGCCCCAAAAAAGACGUUUGAAAAUAGCGAAAAAUCAAACCACUCUCGAAUGCUGUGGGCGUGUCAGUUGAGUGCGCAGAAACCACGCCCCUUUUUCCUGUCAACUGUCAAUCAAAUAGAUUGCGAAUUCUGGUAAAAAUCCACGUGACUUCAUCUCGGGCCUUUCUUGCGUUUGACUUUAAAAAAAAAAAUUCACGUCAUUCCUCUGGCUUUUUGCCAUGUUGUGCGUACACUCACAGCCAACAUCGAGGGACUCGAAAGUUACCACGGCAGCCCAAACUCCGUUCCAGACGUUGGCAGUCAAGUGGGACUUUUUUGAAAACAAUAAAAAAAAAAAAUCCUAAUAAUCAAUCCCGUUCCUUGCGCUGUCGUCGAAAACUUUCCAGAAUAGGUUUGAAGCCGCAAAAAUAAGCGUGUAAAUGUACAUAUGUACAGAUAACGUACAUACAUAUUACAUAUACAUACAUGUUGUGUACAUGAAGCUCGUGUGUGAGUAGUUUGUUUUUUAAGAAAAAAAACGUCAUUUUU